UUGCACUCAUACCGGUCGGAAGCAAAUUGUACAUUCCAUUUAAUUUAAUUUCUUCUAAGCUCCAAGCUUCUCAAAAACUUCAAAAUGUCAAAUAAUAACCAAUGGGAAACAGUGACAAAAUCGAAAAAAUACAAAAAUCUCGAGAAGAAAGUUGUUGCCCACAAGGAAAAGAAAAGGGAAGAAGCCUUGCAGCCAAAAUUGAAUGAAAUUUUGCCAUCACAUCAGAUAAGGCAAUUGUUGAGUGGGCGUGGAAUAGCUGGCGGUAAAGAUAUAUCGCCUUCUAAGUCUAAUACCAGUUCCAAUAAGUCAAAGUCUUCCACUCCGAAGAGAACUUCAAUGAAACAAACAAAAGAAUCACAUCAAAAUGAAAAUAAAAAGGCAAAGCAGGAACAGGUGUUUAAGUCACCACCAAAACCCAAAAAUUUGGACCAAGCGUUUAAAGCGAUUACGCCCAAUGAAUUUCAAACACAAUUAGAACAUAUACAAUUGUUGUAUCCUGGGUCAAAGCUCUCUUGGUUGAAGGCGGUUGCAAGCUAUCUUAAUUCCAGACUUCAAUUUGAAUGUGAUCCAACAUUUUCAGGAAGAUCAAAUACCUACCCUGGGGUAUUGGCAUCUCCUGCUCUUAAACAAGCCAUUCUGGAGUUUCUUUCCUGGGAGGGUGAAACAAACCUAAAGUACUUCUUCCACAAUACUCUUUUAGAAAGUAUGUGCACUGAUUUAAAUAACAACUUACCUGUUGUAGGGUAUAAGUUUAUGUUACAACUUAUUGCGCGGAACUGGCCUCAAAUUUGUGCAUCAUGUAUGGCUAGUACCGCCAUGCUGCGAAACUCGUACCAGAAUCGAAGCAAUAUUUGCUUAAGUAUUCUAUGGGCUGUAGGUCAAGGAGGAUAUGAAAAUCUUAUGGUGGGAAUAAAUGUGUGGCAUGAUUUAAUGUUACCCAAUUUGGAAAUGAAGAGCUAUUGCCGUUAUGUAUCGGAAUAUAUAGAAAAAAUUUUAAAUGUGGCCAGCGAUCAAACAUUACAAUUGAAUCAAAACAAAUUUUUUGAAGUUUAUAAUGCUCUUAAAGCCAAUUACAAUGGCGUUCCCAGAGACUGUCAACAGGCUUUGACUAGAAGCUCUGAACUGUUUUUGCAAAAAUUUAUCGUUAAUUCAACCAAACAUACAUAUCUCUUCCAAACACUUCUUCGAGAAAUCGAAAGUCCCACAAAGAGUGACAUCGAAACUAAUGGCUGCCUUUCAUGUUUACUGCAUAGUGAUGACUGUUUUAAGGUUUGGAAAAUGAAUUAUAAAAAGCAAUUACAACCUACCAUAUAUUUGUUACAAAAAAUUGAAUAUGAACUUUCACAUAGUGCCUCCUCAUUGGCCAUGUCAUCAGCAUUUAAUGAUUUCCUAAAAGAUGCUGAGCAACUCAAUGCAGAAUUGGAUAUGGCAAAAAAACGCGAUUCAAAUUUGGAUACAUUAAUAGCACUCGUGGCGAACGUUCAAGAGAAAAGCGCGCAACAAAAAAAGAAACAACAAGCUGCUGAAAAAAAGAAGGGCUGUGGAUGUUGCAAGUGGACUUUGGGAUCACUGCUGCUCAUUGCGUUGAUCGCUGGAGCUUUGUACUAUGACACCGAAAUUAACGGUAAGGGUGUCUUUGCCAAAUCUGCUACGGGCAAAGUCUUACAGAAUGCUGGUCUAUUGCCGCAUGUCGAAAAGGCCUGGUACACAACCAUGAGUAAUGCGGCACGUGGUUACAAAUGGGCGGAGAAGACAUUACCACCUUAUACUACCCCUUUCUGCAAGUUGGCUUGUGAUGUUACGAAGCUGUUGCGCAAUGCUGCCUGUAAUGCAUACACGGUAACGAAGGAAGUGAUCUCUGCCAAAAUGCCUGUUGCAGCACAAUUUUUGGAGCAAUACGUGCCCGGUUUGCCCAAGAAAAUUGAGGAUACAGCUGGAACUGUCAAAACAGCAUCUGUAGACAUUUUCGACAAGUUAGUCAGCUUUUUCAAAACGCAAGUGUUGGUUGGACGAUUCUCACCUGAAAAUUUAUGCAAGGCCUUGAAUCAAACUCAAAAUUUGGCUUUGGAAUAUUAUAAUCAGUUCCAUAAAAAGGUGGAUGCUUAUGCCAAGCUGAAAUGAUUUCCUCAAACGCCGCAAAUAUCACUCUAAAUAUAAAACAUUCACAUCAAACGCGCAGUAACAGCCAACAACAACAUCAGAAGUCACAUUUGUAAAAAUCAAAUAAAACUAGAGGAAGGAAGUCGACCAGCCAGUCAGUCAGUCAGUCACCAACAGCCAUAUUUUCAAGGAAUACAUUUUGUAACAUCAUGUUCUUUCGACAAAGUGUGCUGUAUAUUUAAUACUAGUUUAAUAAUUUUAAUAAUCUACCUUAAACGAAACUAAAACUAAUCAAUUGAGAACGGUUGCAGGCAGCAGCAAAAAUGAAUGGUGGAUGCGCGCGCAUGCCUACCACACACAACAAAACAGUCGUCCCACCAACACACCAACCGAGACAGACUGCAAUUGCGAGGGAAGAUGAAUAAUUUUAUAAACUGAAAUAAGAGUAUGUCAGAGAUUAGAUAAACAACACAACACAAAAUCACAUAUGAUAAAUUGUUAAUGAAUUUUAAAUGUACCCUAGA